GUCAAUCGCGCUCGUCUCGCGAGAAUAGGCGAGGCUGCCGGACGAGAUGUGAGGGACUCAGGUGUAAGAGCGCUCCUCAUCCACACACAGCACAGCCAAACAGAGACACACACACUCACACUGCGGGCAUCUCCUCUGUACCAUCAGCAGCCGAGCGCUACCGCAUCCGCCUGUGACUGCUGCGAGACGCCAGAAGAGGAGAGGGCGGGAGGCGCCGGACUCUCGCUUUGGUUUUUGUCCUCCUUUCGUGUGCACUUUAUCUGAGCCGGAUCCCGCGCAAACAUGAUGUCCAUGAACAGCAAACAGCCUCAUUUCGCCAUGCAUCCCAGCUUACCUGAGCACAAGUACACAACUCUGCACUCGAGCUCGGAGGCGAUCAGGAGAGCCUGCCUGCAGACUCCACAGCUCCAAAGCAACAUCUUCGCCAGUCUGGAUGAGACGCUGCUGGCCCGCGCCGAAGCUCUGGCGGCCGUGGACAUCGCGGUGUCCCAGGGUAAGAGUCACCCGUUCAAGCCCGACGCCACGUACCACACGAUGAACACCGUGCCAUGCUCGUCCACCUCCACCGUGCCACUCGCCCACCACCACCACCAUCACCACCACCACCACCACCAGAACCUGGAGCCGCCCGACCUCAUGGAGCACAUCAGCUCGCCGUCGCUCGCCCUGAUGCCCAGCGCGCACGAGGGGGCCGGCGGAGGCGGCGGAGGAGGCGGCGGCGGGGGCUUGAUCUCCACGUCGGCCCACCCGCACUCGCACAUGCACGGGCUCACGCACCUGUCCCACCAGGCUGCUAUGAACAUGAACUCGCCGCUCACUCACCACGGCCUCUUGCCGGGCCACCACGGCGGCGCGCACCAAGGCGCGCCGGGACUCGCCAACAACGGACUGCCCUCCAUUAACGACUCGGACACGGACCCGAGGGAGCUGGAGGCGUUCGCGGAGCGCUUCAAACAGCGGCGGAUCAAACUCGGGGUGACUCAGGCAGACGUGGGGAGCGCGCUGGCCAACCUGAAGAUCCCAGGCGUGGGCUCCCUGAGCCAAAGUACCAUUUGUCGCUUCGAGUCUCUAACUCUGUCUCACAACAACAUGAUCGCGCUCAAACCCAUCCUCCAGGCGUGGCUGGAGGAGGCCGAGGGCGCCCAGCGCGAGAAAAUGAGCAAACCCGACAUUUUCAACGGCAGCGAGAAGAAGCGCAAGCGGACCUCCAUAGCGGCCCCGGAGAAACGAUCUCUGGAGGCGUAUUUCGCCGUCCAGCCCCGGCCGUCGUCGGAGAAAAUCGCGGCUAUCGCCGAGAAAUUGGACCUCAAAAAGAACGUCGUGCGAGUAUGGUUUUGCAACCAAAGACAAAAACAGAAGAGGUUGAAAUUUUCCGCGGCUCACUGACGGACUAUACUUCUAGGAGAAAACAAAAUCAAACUUGACUUUUGGGGACCAAGGAACAUCGCUUUGGCUCAAACGCGUGUGCUCAUGAUUAGUACCGUUUUAUUUUCACAACUCAUGUUUCUUUUCACUGUACUGGUGAAUGUGAAGUAUGCAAAUAACAGGUAAUCCAGAUGAACUACUUUUCUGCGGUUCAACUCUACUUAGAUUUUUUUUCUCCCCGACCCCAAUGAAUGACGAAAAAUAGCCAUUGAUGGAUUACCUCAUAGUUUAACUCUAUCCUAAUUUAUUAUUUAUUUAUUUAUUUAUGUAUUUAUUUACGUUCGGCAUAUUUGUGUAUUUAUUCAUUCGUACAGGGAACUGCUAUAUUUUUUGAUUAUUAAAUGUGUUCAAAGCAGAUCCCGUUUUCACAGUCUUGCUGAUGAACUAAUGUGAUCAUUCAGUGUUUCAAAGGUCUGCUCUGAGGAAUACACAACUCGCUAGGAAAAGAAAACGAAGGAAAUUAUACAGAGUCCCUUUUAAAUAAUUAAGGUGGCAACCACCGCUCGUAUUUGUUGAAAUUGCACUGAAAUCUACUGUUAUUUAGAUUGGUUAGAUAUAUUCAAAUGCUUUUUGUAUAUAUAUAAAUAUACGUACAAAUGACACUUGCUCACCGUGCAAAACUCAAUUCCCGAUUUGUUAUGUUCUGUUUAUUUGUAUUACGAUGAUUCUUUUGGCAAAUCAGAAUUCUUCCUCUGCGGAUAUUAGUUAACUCGCAUGAUAAAGAUGAUUAUACUUACAUUCUAAAGGAAAAUUGUCCUAAAAUAUAAUUUCGUUGGUUUGUAUACUUUGGUUUGCAGUGCAAACAUUCUAUGCAUUGAAAGAAAAAAAAAAUACCAAGCACUACAUAGAGUAUCUACUGGUAGACCUUUGUGGAUGGUGUAAGUCACUGUUUAAUGCCUGUUUUCACAUAAAGACACAACGUUGUUUGUCGUGUUAAUUGUUCCUGAAAAAAAGUUGUAAUGAUUUUUAUUUUGUGCACAAGUAUGUUUACAAACAGCGACCACGUGCACAUCACGAGACGUCUCACUCUGUCAUACCUGUGCACCUGUCCAACAGUCUGCUGUCUUACCAUCUUAUCAUCCAAACUUUUCUCCAUUCUGUAAGCCAAAUCCAGCUGCAGGGACACAAGUCCCGGCAUUCUUCUAAAUA